AUGCACAAGCACCAGCACUGCUGUAAGUGCCCGGAGUGCUAUGAGGUGACCCGCCUGGCUGCCCUGCGGCGCCUCGAGCCUCCUGGCUAUGGGGAUUGGCAGGUGCCCGACCCCUAUGGGCCAGGUGCGGGCAAUGGGGCCAGCGCGGGUUAUGGGGGCUACAGCUCGCAGACCCUGCCCUCACAGGCAGGGGCUACCCCUACGCCCCGCACCAAGGCCAAGCUCAUCCCCACCGGCCGGGAUGUGGGGCCAGUGCCCCCUAAGGCAGUCCCGGGCAAGAGCACCCCCAAACUCAACGGCAGUGGCCCCAGCUGGUGGCCCGAGUGCACCUGUACCAACCGGGACUGGUAUGAGCAGGUGAAUGGCAGCGACGGCAUGUUCAAGUAUGAGGAGAUAGUACUUGAGCGGGGCAAUUCUGGCCUGGGCUUCAGCAUUGCAGGUGGCAUCGACAACCCCCAUGUCCCUGAUGACCCUGGCAUCUUUAUUACCAAGAUCAUCCCUGGUGGAGCAGCUGCCAUGGACGGGAGGCUGGGGGUGAAUGACUGUGUGCUUCGGGUGAAUGAGGUGGACGUGUCGGAGGUGGUGCACAGCCGGGCUGUGGAGGCGCUGAAGGAGGCGGGCCCUGUGGUGCGGUUGGUGGUGCGGAGGAGACAGCCCCCACCCGAGACCAUCAUGGAGGUCAACCUGCUCAAAGGUCCCAAAGGCCUGGGUUUCAGCAUUGCUGGGGGGAUUGGCAACCAGCAUAUCCCGGGAGACAAUAGCAUCUACAUCACCAAGAUCAUCGAGGGGGGUGCUGCUCAGAAGGAUGGACGCCUACAGAUUGGGGACCGACUGCUGGCGGUGAACAACACCAAUCUGCAGGAUGUGAGGCACGAGGAAGCUGUGGCUUCACUGAAGAACACGUCUGAUAUGGUGUAUCUGAAGGUGGCCAAGCCAGGCAGCCUCCACCUCAACGACAUGUAUGCACCCCCUGACUACGCCAGCACUUUUACUGCCUUGGCUGAUAACCACAUAAGCCAUAAUUCCAGCCUGGGUUACCUUGGGGCUGUGGAGAGCAAGGUCAGCUACCCUGCUCCUCCUCAGGUUCCCCCUGCCCGCUACUCUCCUAUCCCUAGGCACAUGAUGACUGAGGAGGACUUCACCAGAGAGCCCCGCAAGAUCAUCCUGCACAAGGGCUCCACAGGCCUGGGCUUCAACAUCGUAGGAGGAGAGGAUGGAGAAGGCAUUUUUGUCUCCUUCAUCCUGGCAGGAGGCCCAGCUGACCUGAGUGGGGAGCUGCGCAGGGGAGACCGGAUCUUAUCGGUGAAUGGCGUGAACCUGAGGAAUGCAACUCACGAGCAGGCUGCAGCUGCCCUAAAACGGGCUGGCCAGUCUGUCACCAUUGUGGCCCAGUACAGACCUGAAGAGUACAGUCGCUUUGAAUCGAAGAUACAUGACUUGCGAGAACAAAUGAUGAACAGCAGCAUGAGCUCUGGGUCUGGGUCCCUCCGAACAAGUGAGAAGAGGUCUUUGUAUGUCAGGGCCCUAUUUGAUUACGAUCGAACUCGGGACAGCUGCCUGCCAAGCCAGGGGCUCAGCUUCUCCUAUGGUGACAUUCUGCAUGUCAUCAAUGCCUCUGAUGAUGAGUGGUGGCAGGCGAGACUGGUGACCCCACAUGGAGAAAGCGAGCAAAUCGGUGUGAUCCCCAGUAAGAAGAGGGUGGAAAAGAAAGAAAGAGCUCGAUUGAAAACUGUGAAGUUCCAUGCCAGGACAGGGAUGAUUGAGUCUAACAGGUCGAUCAAAACGAAACGUAAAAAGAGUUUCCGCCUCUCUCGAAAGUUUCCAUUUUACAAGAGCAAAGAAAACAUGGCCCAGGAGAGCAGCAUACAGGAACAGGGAGUGACAUCCAACACCAGUGACAGCGAAAGCAGUUCCAAAGGACAAGAGGACGCAAUUUUGUCAUAUGAGCCAGUGACGCGGCAAGAAAUUCACUAUGCAAGGCCUGUGAUCAUCCUGGGCCCAAUGAAGGACAGAGUGAACGAUGACCUGAUCUCAGAGUUCCCGCAUAAAUUUGGAUCCUGUGUGCCACAUACUACUCGGCCUCGGCGUGAUAAUGAGGUGGAUGGACAAGACUACCACUUUGUGGUCUCCCGAGAACAAAUGGAGAAGGAUAUUCAGGACAACAAGUUCAUCGAAGCAGGCCAAUUCAAUGAUAAUCUCUAUGGGACCAGCAUCCAGUCGGUGCGGGCAGUUGCAGAGAGGGGCAAGCACUGCAUCUUAGAUGUUUCCGGCAAUGCAAUCAAGAGGCUGCAGCAAGCACAACUUUAUCCCAUUGCCAUUUUCAUCAAGCCCAAGUCCAUCGAAGCACUUAUGGAAAUGAACCGACGGCAGACAUACGAACAAGCAAAUAAGAUCUAUGACAAAGCCAUGAAACUGGAGCAGGAGUUUGGAGAAUACUUCACAGCCAUUGUACAGGGUGACUCACUGGAAGAGAUUUAUAACAAAAUCAAACAGAUCAUUGAGGACCAGUCUGGGCACUACAUUUGGGUCCCAUCCCCUGAAAAACUCUGA